GAUCAGGAGGAAGCGAGGCGGCACUCGGCAACUCGGCACCUGUGACCCGCUGUUGCCACGCUUCCUGCGGUCUGACAGGUGACCUCCUCUCACCGCUCUUGCGUCACGUGGCCCUAAUUUCACCUGUGCCUUAAAGGAGUGAAGAAGACCCACCAGCCAGCAAUCGUGUGGGCACCAUCUCCGCCACCGCACCCCCACCCGGGCAGCAGUGUCAGUCUCCCAGGCAAAAAACCAGACACACCACCAGCUGUUCGCGACCCGCGCUGCCACCACACCACAUGGCUGAGCAGCUGUCCGACACCAUGGCUCAGGCCACCUUAGGAGAAAUCUACUCAUCGGAAAAGCAUGGAAGUGAUGAGACCGGUGAUGGCACAGAGGCCACCCCUUACAAGACAGCAUUGCAGGCGAUGCGUAAGGCUGGCAAAGAACCUUUCCCUACUAUCUACGUUGACAGCAAAGAGGAAAAUGAGAAGUACACAGUCAUAGCAAAAAGUCAGUUGAAGAAGCUCACAAAACUAUGGAAGGAUGAAUGCAAAAAACUAGAGGCACGCUUGCAGAAGGAGAAGGAGGAUGAGGAGAAGAGAGCCAAGGCUCUAGAGGAGGCAAGGAAAAUUACCAUAACAGAGGACAAGAGCCUGCCAGCUGCGACCUGCAUCAAGAUCCGCAGCAGUAAGGAUCAUCGCAACCAGAGAGUGAAGGUGUUUGGCUGGGUCCAUCGGCUAAGGAGGCAAGGCAAGAACAUGAUGUUUAUUGUCUUGCGCGAUGGGACUGGCUUCAUGCAGUGUGUGUUGACUGACCGGCUCUGCCAGACCUAUGAAGCAGUCAUCCUCAACACAGAGAGUAGUGUGGUGCUGUAUGGCUUGCUGCAGGAGGUGCCUGAAGGAAAGGAGGCACCAGGUGGUCAUGAGCUUCAGGUAGACUACUGGGAGUUGGUGGGUGGGUCACCUGCCGGAGGAGCAGAAGCAGAGAUCAACCAGUUGUCAAACCCAGAUGUACAGCUGGACAAACGCCACCUUAUGCUUAGAGGCGAAAAACUGCUCCAAGGUAAAGUAUUAAGACUGCGUUCCAUUUUGAUGAAGGCGUUUGUGGACCACUACACUGAUCGAGGCUAUGAAUGGGUUUCUCCCCCCGCACUGGUACAGACACAGUGUGAGGGUGGCUCAACACUCUUUGAUUUCAGUUUCUUUGGAGAAAAAGCAUACCUGACUCAGUCCAGCCAACUGUACCUAGAGACUUGCCUUCCAAGUUUUGGUGAUGUGUUCUGCAUUGAACAGUCAUACAGAGCAGAACAGUCCAGGACACGUCGCCACCUUGCUUCCUACACCCAUGUUGAGGCCGAGUGUCCUUUCAUUAAAUUUUCCGAUCUCCUUGAUCGCAUCGAGGAUCUGGUGUGUGAUGUUGUGGACCGGGUUAUGAAACAUCCUGUGGGAAGUCAACUCAUGAAAGACUUGCACCCAGAGUUUGUGGCACCAACACGUCCCUUCUAUAGAAUGACCUAUGCAGAUGCUAUCAAGUACCUGAAAGAACAUGACAUUACAAAGGAGGAUGGAACAUUCUAUGAGUUUGGUGAGGACAUCCCAGAAAUGCCAGAGAGAAAAAUGACGGACAAGAUUGGCAAGCCCAUUCUUCUGAACUCUUUCCCAGCCGGCAUCAAGGCUUUUUAUAUGUCCCGCUGUGCUGAUGACCACUCCCUCACAGAGUCGGUUGAUCUUCUGAUGCCUAAUGUUGGGGAGAUUGUUGGAGGCUCCAUGAGGAUGCAUGAUCACCAAGAGCUCAUGGAGGCAUACAAGGGAGCUGGUCUUGACCCAAAACCCUAUUACUGGUACACUGACCAGCGGCUGUAUGGUACUACACCCCAUGGUGGAUAUGGCCUUGGUCUUGAGAGGUUCCUCUGCUGGCUGGCCAAUCGCUACCACAUCCGGGAAGCUACUCUGUAUCCAAGAUUUGUAGGUCGCUGCACUCCUUAGAUUCUUUGGGUCUCUCAGUUUCUGAGUUGGUAAUGGCUAACUAUCCCUUGACUAUUUCAUUUGACUGCUUUGUUUGAUGCCACAACAAUAAUUUUAACUGUACUGGGUGAUUACAGCAUUUAGCUGCAUUAUGAACUUUUAUAAUUGUUAAUUUAUGGUAAUAGACAUAGAGUAUCAAGUGUUCUUGAGAAUAUCCUUUAUUACAAAAAAUAAAUUUCUUAUGAAUU